AUGGCGUAUGUCUACUUUAAUCUGGCUGAACCUUUAGCUGAGACAGCUCCCGUUGAAGAAGUCAGUGGUGCUGCUCUUGCAUCAUCUGGUCUAUUCAUCCCAGGAGCUGCUGAAUCUGACUUGCCGAAAUCGCUCCUUGGAGGGGAUGUGGAUUACAGUGCGAAGACGUUCAGCCAAACUAGCCCCGUAGCAGCGCUGGAACUCAUGAAUGGGGUGCCCAAAGAUAGUGGCAUGCAGCCUCGCCAUUUGCAACACAUGAGCAUGGAAGCCUUCUAUGAGCUAUACUUGUUGUGGGGCAGUGGAAAUGGUGACACCCGUGAUGAUUUGGCCAAGAGCCGUUGCUUCUCCCUUGUGUAUGAAGAGCGCUGGAAGGGUUUGCUCCAAUUCAGGGAAACCAGUCAGCAUACCACACUUCAGAAUGAACGAGAUCAGCUUGAACAUGCUCAAAGCCAACACAUCCGAAAUGUCAGACACUACAGGAGUGCUCAGUCGCGGCUCAACACCAUGAGUGAAAUCUCAACUGCUGCAGGGCAGGGUGGGAGCAGUGCUUGCAUUCUCAAGCUUGACAUUGUAGUUGAAAGCUACUUUGUGUUGGAACCUGAUGUCCCAAAGGACAGUUCGACAGAGGUGACAUGCAUUCUCCGGGCACUUGACCAGGCAAAGGAAAUCUUGGAUGCACGUGGUGUGGCCAUGCCAUCGCACCUUUGCAUAGAGGACUUUGUCAACAUCAUUCAUCAGAAGAUCAAGCCAUCUCGGAAGCGAGAACUCAGGGCAGAGAUUCUCACAGGCAGCCUGAAUUGGAAGGCCUACUAUGAUCAGUACGACAUCUACAUGAGUGGGUUGGUCAAGGGCCCCAAAUCGUUUCUCAAGACUGCGGAGAUGGUGGAGAAAGAUCCGUGGGAUCUUGUCAAAGCGGCCAAGUGGGAACGAUUUGCACCUGGACCAGUCCAAGCUGUUUCAGUAGCCCCUGUGAAGAAGGAUCUUGAUGACCAACCACAAAAGAAGAGGGGGAGACCUCCAAAGGAUCCAAACCAGCCAGCGAAGAGGAGGGGGCGCCCUCCCAAGAACCCUCCUGCCCAGAUUCAAGAGGCGAGUGGCGCAGCUGAAUGCCCCUUUGUGGAGCAAUCUUCGGUGGCUGCAGUUGCGGUGCCACCACCUGAGCAAGCUGAUCCAGUGGUCGUGCCGGCAGGGGCUGAGCCAAUGGUUGACCCAGGGGUUCUGCCAGACCUACCAACCCGUGCUACCUUUGCUGGGAGAACCAAGCUUGGAUCUGAAGAUUUCCAACAGCAAUGGGAAUGUCGGAGAUUGAUGUUCUACAAGAAUGUCCCCAAAGAGAUGUGGAAAGAUAAUGUUGAGCGUGAGUUCUGGUCCAUGUGUUCUGCUGCUGGGGACAAUGAUGUUGGCUUGAAGAAAUUCCUUGAGAAAAGAGGUCAUGCACCUGCUGCUGCAGCCCAGGCACCCAAGGCCAGUGCAAAGCAGAAGGCAAAGGCCAUGGUCAAGAAGCCUUCCACGAAGAUUCCUGGUCGUGGACGUGGACGUGGGAGGGGUUGUCUGAAAAACAAACGGCCUUGUAAGUAG